UUGGUAUCAAAGCCAGCUAUCCUGUAAUGGCUGAGGGAACUCGAGUAUCUCAAUUUUGUGAAUCAAUGAAUCAACUUAAGGAGGCACAAGAAACCCAACAGAGAAUCCUUGAUGAGGUCGUGCAACAAUUGCAAUUCCUUGCUAUCAGCUACGACUCUUUGAGUC